CGAAACCAUGGCCGCCCUCAUCGCCGAGAACUUCCGCUUUCUGUCACUCUUCUUCAAGAGCAAGGAUGUGAUGAUCUUCAAUGGGCUGGUGGCCCUGGGCACCGUAGGCAGCCAGGAGCUCUUCUCCGUGGUGGCCUUCCACUGCCCGUGCGCACCAGCCCGGAACUACCUGUACGGGCUGACGGCCAUCGGGGUGCCCGCCUUGGUGCUCUUCCUCGUCAGCAUCAUCCUCAAUAACCAGACCUGGAACCUGGUGGCCGAGUGCCAGUACCGCAGGGCCAAGAACUGCUCGGCCGCCCCCACCUUCCUGCUCCUGAGCUCCAUCGUGGGCCGCGCUGCCGUGGCCCCGGUCACCUGGUCAGUCAUCUCCCUGCUGCGCGGGGAGGCCUACGUCUGUGCACUCAGCGAGUUCGUGGAUCCGUCCUCGCUCACAGCCGGGAACGAGAGCUUCCCUCGCUCCCAUGCCACGCAGAUCCUGGCCAGGUUCCCCUGCGGAGAGAGCCCUGCCAACCUGGCUGGCUUCCGGGAGGAGGUGAGCCGAAGGCUCAAGUAUGAGUCUCAGCUUUUCGGGUGGCUGCUCAUCGGCACGGUGGCCAUCCUGGUGUUCCUGACCAAGUGCCUCAAGCACUACUGCUCGCCACUCAGCUACCGCCAGGAAGCCUACUGGGCCCGCUACCGCGCCAACGAGGACCAGCUCUUCCAGCACACGGCCGAGGUGCACUCGCGCGUGCUGGCGGCCAGCAACGUGCAGCGCUUCUUCGGCUUCGUGGCGCUCAACAAGGAGGACGAGGAGCUGGUGGCCAAGUUCCCCGUGCAAGGAACACAGCCGCGGCCACAGUGGAACGCCAUCACCGGCGUCUACCUGUACCGGGAGAACCUGGGCCUCCCCCUCUACAGCCGCCUGCACAAGUGGGCCCAGGGUCUGAGUGGGAAGAGCACGGCCCCCGACAUGGAGAUGGCCCUGCUGCCCCCCUGAGGCCCGUCCUGCUGCCAGCCUGACGCCCCACCACCACCCCCUGAACUGCAUCUGGGGGGAAAGUGAGGUGGAGAGGCCUGGGGUGUGGCCGCCCCUGAAGGACAGGCCUGUGCACCUGAAGAAACGCCCUCGGUGAGGGGCACUGGCUUGCCAGGCUGAGCUCAGGCUUCGCAGGCAGGAGCCCUGGACGCAACACUAGUGCCAACCAUUCCUGAGCAUCACCCAGGAGUGACUCCGAGCACAGCCUGGAUAUGGCCCCAAACUCAGAAGUCCCUUCCUGUGCCAGCAUCCGGCAGCGGCUGUGGAGGAAAGAGCCUCCCCGGGACCAGCCUUACUCGGACAUUUCCGGGGCUUGCUGAUGGGGCUGCCAGCCGUCAAGCAGGGACAGUGACACUGCAGCGGG